AUGCUUCCAAAUGACAUCUUUUGGAGCCAGAGUGGUGAAGGAGGAAAAUUUUAUGCCAACAUUCAAAGUGCAGGGGCAGGUCUAUCAAAGGACAGGGAGUAUCAUGGCCGGCCUCAGCAGCAGCCUUCAUUUCUUCAGAUAUACUUUGUUGUUGAUGAUGAUAAUGACAGGGACAUCUAUUGUGGAAUCUACCCAGGCGUUAAUCCACAACUGGUUAGCCAACUUCCGAAGUUGCUGUGUGAACACAACAAGUAUAUUCUGGAACUUAAGGCUGCUGUUGAUUCUGUUCCUAAGGGCCACAAGUACUCCCAAGUGACUUUUGAGUACGUAAUUGAAGUAGAUUGUGGGAAACAUGAUGCACCUAGUAUUUAUUGCAUGCUCUCUAGAGCAGGUAUUGAACAUUUAAAGACAAAAAUAAGAAGUACUGUAUCUGUGCGGGAAGGGCAAGGGGUUGUUCUUCUCUGUGGAGCACCAGUUCAUCCUGGAGAACUUUCCUAUGCUUGGAUCUUCAAUGAAUACCCAACGUUUGUGCAAGAAGAUAGUCGGAGAUUUGUUUCUCAGGAAACUGGACAUCUGUACAUAGCUAAAGUAGAGCCAUCUGAUGUAGGAAAUUAUACCUGUGUCGUAACUAGUGCUGUAACUAACACCAACACUCUUGGAUCACCAACACCUUUGGUGCUACGGACUGAUGGUGUGAUGGGGGAAUAUGAACCCAAAAUAGAAGUUCAAUUUCCUGAAAUAGUUCCUGCUGCUAAAGGAUCAACUGUGAAGCUAGAAUGCUUUGCUCUUGGAAAUCCAGUUCCUCGAAUUAACUGGAGAAGAACUGAUGGGACACAAUUUCCAAGCAAAGUAAUGUUGAGAAAAUCCAAUGGCAUGAUUGAAAUCCCCAAUUUCCAACAAGAAGAUGCUGGUCUCUAUGAGUGUAUCACUGAAAAUACUAGAGGGAAAAAUGUUGCAAAGGGACGACUCACAUAUUAUGCCAAACCUCACUGGGUUCAAUUGAUAAAAGAUGUUGAAGCUGCAGUGGAGGACAUAUACUGGGAGUGCAGAGCAAAUGGUAAACCUAAGCCUUCCUACAGGUGGCUGAGAAAUGGAGAACCUCUAGCAUUAGAGGGAAGAAUACAAAUUGAAAAUGGAGCUUUGACUAUAACAAACUUAAACUUGACAGAUUCUGGCAUUUAUCAGUGUAUAGCAGAGAACAAACAUGGUACAAUAUAUUCCAGUGCCGAUCUCCGAGUUGUAGCUUCUGCUCCUGACUUUUCUAAAAGCCCAGUGAAGAAAUUGAUUCAGCUUCUAAAGGGCAGCACAGCUCAUUUUGAGUGCAAGCCAAAAGCUUCCCCUAAAGCGACAACUAUUUGGAAAAAGGGAGGUGAGCUGCUCCAAGAAAUGAAAGGUAUUAUGUUAAUAUCAUUCUUAAAAGAUGGAAGCUUCCAAAUAGCUAAUGUGAGUAAAUCAGAUGCUGGAAGUUAUACCUGCCUGGCAGAAAACAAGUUUGGAAAAGCUAGUAGCUCAGCUACUUUAUUAGUAACAGAUCCAACCCGGAUAACAUUGGCACCAUCAAAUAUGGACGUGACUGUAGGAGAAAGUAUAAUUUUACCCUGCCAAGUUCAGCAUGACCCACUCCUGGAUAUAAGUUUCACAUGGUAUUUUAACAGUGCAUUGACUGACUUCAGAAAAGAUGCAUCCCAUUUUGAGAGAGUAGGUGGGAGUGCAUCUGGAGACUUAAUGAUUAGGAAUAUUCAGCUGAAACACAGUGGAAAAUAUGUGUGUACAGUGAAGACUGAAGUGGAUAGUGUAUCAUCUGCAGCAGAUCUUAUAGUACGAGGUUCACCUGCUCCAGAGCAUGUAAAAGUGGAUGAAAUAACAGCCACAGCAGCUCAGAUUUCUUGGUAUGAAGGCUUAGAUAAUCACAGUCCAAUCACUGGCUACACUGUUCAAGCCAGAACACCAUUUUCAGUGGGUUGGCAAAGAGCCAGAACAGUUCCUGAUGUCAUUGAUGGGAGAACAUUCAUGGCUACUGCAGUAGAUUUAAACCCUUGGGUUGAAUACGAAUUCCGUGUAGUUGCCAGCAACAAAAUUGGAGGUGGAGAACCUAGUUUACCCUCAGAAAAAGUAAGAACUGAAGAGGCAGUUCCAGAAGUACCACCAUCUGAAGUAAGUGGAGGUGGAGGCAGCAGGUCUGAAUUGGUCAUAACAUGGGAUCCAGUUCCUGAAGAAUUACAGAAUGGUGAAGGAUUUGGUUAUGUAGUUGCUUUCCGACCUCUUGGGAUUACAACCUGGAUACAGACAGUUGUUACAUCACCUGACACCCCAAGAUAUGUCUUUAGGAAUGAAAGCAUCUUACCAUUUUCACCCUAUGAAGUCAAGGUUGGAGUAUACAAUAAUAAAGGAGAGGGACCGUUUAGUCCAGUGGCCACAGUGUAUUCUGCUGAAGAGGAGCCUACAACAGCUCCUUCUGGUGUUUCUGCAAAUAGUCUUUCUUCUUCCAUAAUUGAAGUUACCUGGAUUCCCAUUCCUUGGAAAAUGAGCAGUGGGAGAUUAUUAGGCUAUGAGGUAAGAUAUUGGAACAAUGGUGGGAAAGAACAGUCUUCAAACAAAGUAAGAGCCACCGGAAAGGAGACCACAGUGAAAAUAACAGGCUUGAUGAGCAACUUGGUAUAUUAUACAGCUGUUCGAGCAUACAACAGUGCAGGAGCAGGUCCUUUCAGUGCCACUGUCAAUGCUACCACAAAAAAGCCACCACCCAGCCAGCCUCCAGGAAAUGUAGAGUGGAACAUUACAGACUCGAGGGUAGUGCUGAACUGGGAACAGGUCCAUGCAAUGGAAAAUGAGUCAGACGUAGUGGGCUAUAAGGUUUUAUAUUGGACUAGCAGUCAGAACCAGCUCAGUAUCCUGGACACAAAUAGAACAUCUGCAGAACUUUUGCUUCCUUUAAACGACGAUUAUGUUAUAGAAGUGAAAGCAGUGACUGAUGGUGGAGAUGGCAUUAGCAGUGACCAGAUUAAAGUCCCUAAAUUAGCAAGUAUGGAUGCAAGAGGAAGUUGUGCAGAAAGCUUAAAUUGCCUCUCCAGCUUGAUGUCCAUAACUCUGUUCUUGAUUUUCAAUGCAAUAUUGUGA